UCGGAAACAAGAAAACCACAACCGGAGUCCUCUAUAUCAGUAGCAGGAACGGGGUGGGGAAGUCUCGGGUACAGGCAGUAGAACCACGAUCAAACUUACUCCUACAGCAGGAAGUACUUUUAUCAAGACGAAGAAAAUUAAGCUGGAACGAGCAAUGGAUACCGCAACGAGCAACACAGGAGGUGGAAGCGCGUUCGCCAGCGAUAGUUCUACGAACCUGGCAACCGUGAUCAAAGGCCUCAAGAAAUUCGACGGAAAGGACCCAGCUGAGUUCAAGACAUGGAUGAAGAAAUUCUGCGUGGGGUUAGGUGUGACCAGGAAGGACAUCCUGCCACUGCUGAAGAAACAGAGGAAGCCAGAUCCCGCAGACACAGCGGCCUUCGACUCCUACACAAGGGCAAACGAAGAUCUCUACGCCAUUCUUUUCCUCCCAGUGGAACCUCCAGCCGCCUUGUCGGUACAGAAGCACAAAGACGACACUCGCAUCAGCGACGACGGACAAGCUGCCUUCGAGGAGCUCUGCAACAACUGUGACAGGUAACGGACGAGGUCAUCAGGGCAAAGAUGGAGGAGCUGGAGAACAACCCCAUGAACCCUGGUGAAAAUCCCGACGACUACUUCAACCAGAAGCACCUACUUCGCACCCAGCUGGAUAAGAUGGGAGAACCCAUCUCCGACCGCCGCUUCAAGGACAUCUGCGUACAGGGCUUCUCCGACGAAUAUAAGGACGUCAAACUGAUGGUGUUCAGGGACCCAACCUUCAGUGUCCUUGACAUGCAAUCCACCAUGCGCAACAUCUUCUUGGACGAACAAUCGCGCAAGGGAUGGAAGGGACGCAUAGCUGGUCGAGGAUUUGCCAUGGCAACGACCGCGUCUGACAUCAUCUGCUACGAGCCGGGGCACAUCAGGAGGAACUGCCCCAAGAUCAAGAACAGGGCGAAGAAGAAAACGAAGCCCGCCGGAGCUACCAAGUGGUGCUCCAAGCACAACACCACGUCUCACUCGGACGAGGAAUGCUACCAACAAGGAGGAAAGCGCCCGGAAGACACCAAGGACUCAAGUAAAGCAUUCACCGCGUGCUCCGACUGCACUCACUGCUCGUCGGCGUCCAACAAGAACGACUCAAACAAUGAAGUGGCAGUUGUCGACUUCACCCGGGACGAGGACGCCUUCGACAGCGGUUUCAUGUUCGCCACGUGUUCCCGCAUCUCAAAACGCAAUUUAGCCGCGACCUCCACCGGGGUAGGACUGCUGGUAGACACGGGAGUAUCGGAGACCAUCUUGGACAAUCGCCUCAUCGCCGGCGAAACCUUCACGACUACACCCAGCGAAACUCUCCAAAGAUCGUGGACGUGGCAGGAGAAAACCAUCUCACAGGCACGGCCACGGGCAUCCUGCACUGCAUCGUCAAGGACAAUCGAGGACAGCAACACACCGCACCUCACUAUUCAAGGCAAGGUGAUUCCACUCACACAAGAUCCGCGAGACCAAGGCAUGUGCACCCUCGACACCACGUUCGAGCAGAACGUCCAGCCAUCUGGCACGAAAUCCCUCGUGCCCCACCAGAUGCAGUCACAGACCCAUACGGCGAACGCCGUCUGCUUUACGCUAGUGAGCGCGGACACCUGGCACAGGAGGCUUGGACAUCUCAGUGCUCGGAGCCUGGACAUCCUUCGGAAGGACACGGGGACCGGGGUGGACUAUCGCGACAGUCUCUCCCCUUGCGGGGUCUGCCAAAUCGUGAAACACAAGCAGUCCCCCCACCCGAAGCAAUCGACUCGCGAACUAUCACGGCCUGGACAACUUGUGGUCAUCGACAACAUGGGGCCUGUUAAUCCACCUGCGAAAUACAAAGGAAGCUACUUCCCGUACGCGUGCAAGAUCACCGACGACUACACGAAAAUGAAAAAAGUGUACCUGCUUCGCAAGAAAUCUGACACGACCGAGGCGGUCCCCAUACUCAGCACUGGAGCUACCCUAUACUCGAAGUUGCACAAUAAGUCUCCUGGUCUCUCGGCACUUCGGGUCAUUGGCGCGCGCGCCUUCGUACACCACGAGCGAUACCGAAAGAAGCUGGACGACAGAGCUUUCGAAGGCAAGCUAUGUGGUUUCGGCCUCGACAGCCAGACCUAUCGGGUAUUCAACCCAUCCAACGGGGCCGUGGUCGAGAGACGGAAUGUGACUUUCAUCGAAUCUACACCCCGGUCAGUGCCAUUCCAGCAUUCCACUGAAGCAAACGGGUACGAGAGCGACGUGCUGAGCUUCACCUCCCUGCUGGACAGCCCCCACUCGACGAGCGACCUGGACUUCACGGCGCAGAACGACCUCCUUCGGCAAGAAGUUCGGAAGAUGCAGCAAGACAAUCUCGCGCGGGAGGAGCUUCACCUAGAACUGGACGGGAACGAGGAUGAACAUGGAAACGGGCAAGAUCUCGGCGACGGGGACGCUCCAUCACCACAUCUCCCAUCGACGCCAGCUGGAACGUCAUCCGAGACCCAUGCAUCUCGACCCAGUCCAUCACCGUCGAACCCGACUGAACCGGACACUUCUGCAUCAACUGGAUCCUCCGGCAUGCGGCGCCUGCAAGUCACCAGAGCCAGCACGCGCGGGAAGCCCACCAGCGACGAUCAUAUCGACAUAGACUUGGUUCCUGUCGAUCUUCAAGUCACCAUGAACGACCGCGGUCGAGCCCAUGCUGCAACGNCUGGAUCGUCAUCCGAGACCCACGCAUCUAGCCCCAGUCCAUCAUCGUCGAACCCGACUGAACCGGACACUUCUGCAUCAACUGGAUCCUCCGGCAUGCGGCGCCUGCAAGUCACCAGAGCCAGCACGCGCGGGAAGCCCACCAGCGACGAUCAUAUCGACAUAGACUUGGUUCCUGUCGAUCUUCAAGUCACCAUGAACGACCGCGGUCGAGCCCAUGCUGCAACGGGCCGCGUGGAGCCAUCCGCUCCCAUGCCCUGGCGAUACUGAGGAUUUCGCCCACGUGGCGGAAGACCCCUUCACGGUGCCGCGUGCUCACGACUACGUCACGAUCACUCACGACCACCACGGGAUCUUGGAGGAGACGAAUCAAGCGAUCGAAAUCCCCAACACCUACGACGAAGCCAUGAGCUCUCCCUAGCGCGAAGA